AUGUUAGCUCUGUUAAGACAUUUUAGUCACUUGACUAGCCGGCUGGACCAAAUUAAACUUAAGAUUUCACGCAGCACAGCCGAAAGCGAGCCACGACGUCCUCCGAGACCGGAGACCGGAGAUCUUGGCGGCGUGAACGCCCCCCUCUCUCUCACUCAGGCACCAACGCUGCUGAGAAGGAGGAGCGCAGGCGCAUGGCACCACAAAUCCGUGGGACACCCACUGCUCGCAGAUCUCCUUAGAACCCCAGGCGCGGGCUCACCGGGCCGGCCCCUCUUCAGGCGACCGCCGGCACUUAGGUGGAAGUGGCCUUGGAGCGGGGAGACCGGCCCGAGGACACAGGCCCACGACCCCAGCGCCGGGCUUACACUCGAGUGCUGGGACCGCCCCGACGCUCCGCGAUCGCGCUCAACAUCCUCAUCCUGGGCGCGGUCGCGGAGCGGCGGGGCGGCCCCCAUCCCCAGCGCUCGCACACAAUCACUCACACACACACACGCACACUCAACUAGCACAUACACACACACACACUCACAUCCUAGACAUCACCCAUCUCUACCUCUUCGGAAACGGGGGUUCUAUCCUCACCACACUCUCGCUCUCUUUCUUCACCAUUCUUCGAUCCUCGUUUCCUCUUUCUUCACAAACUAUCCCCUCACUCUCUCUACCACUGUGGGAGGAGGACCACCGCGGAUUCAACGAGAUGCUUCCCGGCCCCACCCUCCUCCCCUCAUUAACCUCGUCUCAUUCACCAUCAUACACGCAACACUACACACUUACACACCGACAUCGGAUCACUCAUCGGCCCCCUUCAGGGACCACCCUUCAUCUUGCCCUCCUCCAGGGAUUAGCAUGAUCCCCCCCUCACAAGGGGAUCUAAAACUACUUCUCACAGUAUUCGAGUCCGCAUGUUCGAUCAGUCUUAACAACGCUAAUGAUCUUACAGAUCUGAACAAUUCUGCCGAUUUUAAUAAUGCUAACAAUUUUGACACAUAUGAGGAAUCCUAA